UCGGUCAAGGUGUGGAUACGUAACUCGAAGUUCAAGGUCUCAGUACCUUCCAGAUUCAAGCGGAAGCAUGGUUAGAUAUUGUGCGAAAUAAGUGGGUGUGAUUUUUUUAAUAGAAAGGAAGAAUGUGGUUUCGUACGGAAGAAGAAUUUUACGAUGUUAGUUAACAGAGUGGAUACUGAAACUCGUGCAAACAGUGAGCAUGUGGUAUUGUUGUGCUUAGGAUAAAUAACCUUAGCAACGAUAGAGAUCAAAUAAUGGAUUAAUAAGAGGAUAAUUUGUGAAAAAAGUGCAUUUUUUAAAAUGACAGGAAAAAUGAGCGUCACAAAAUAUAUUUUGGUUUUCCUUCUUACAUCCAUCACAGCCUUAAACGCCGAGUCCAGUCUGGACGACUUAGCCCUGGACGAAAAGUUCGCACUAGAUGGCGCACAUCAACAUCACACGUCAGCAGAUCCCGGCCUCCCAGGCGCUGAGUACAUAGACGAGGAUAUCAACGAAAGUUCAGGAGAGGACUAUAAGUUUUCUCCGAGUGCUAUUAAGAAAGAAUCCAUAAUAUACAAGGCAAUGUUGGAAGCACUGAAACGGCCUGAGAUGUCUCAACAGCUGGGUCAAGUUUUGCCCAUAAUUCGUAGCAUGUCUCCGCCUCAGCGCCUCACACUAGCCGCCCUGCUAACGGCUCAGGUGAUGUCUUCACCGACUUCAGAAGCACCUACUCUAGAUCAGGUGAUCGCUAUGUUCGCUGGCGGUCCAGAAGAAGAUGAGGAGCAGCGCAAGAACAUGACGUCGGCGUUACUGUUGCCCCUGUCUCUGGACAUCGCGAAUAUCUUCCGAGGUGUCGCUGCCAAAACUCCGGAGGCAAUGGAACUACGGCAUCUGAGAGUGGUAGCGCCCCACAGAAGAAUCAUAGUCACUCAACCACACGGGCAUCAAUCCCCAGCCCACAGAACAAGGCCCACAGUGCCGUUCAGGACACAGCCUUCAAGUCACAACCGUCGCAACGCUAAUAUUCCGACUGAAAUGGUUCCUCCCCCUCCACCGCCCUCGAGACCACUACCUGGGGUCAAGCCCCGUCGCCCUCCGCCCGGAAAACACACUUCGUCGCCCCUGAGGCAGCCCGUGCCGGAGAGGAAACACAGCGCAGCGGGCGAACCCAGUAGCUCCCCCAAUAAAGACACCUGCGACUACUUCACGAACACACUGUGCCUGGAGGUGGCGGACUAUCCAAAAGAUGCGAUACUGGCCAGCAUCCAUCGCAGUCAAGGAGCAGUGGCGGCCCUUCUCACAGACAUCAAACAGCAGCCUGGUGACGUCACAUCGGAAACGAAGACUCCGCUCCACGAAACUAGAUACGCACCUGAUCACAGCGCGUCCGGGAAAAACAGACGGCAGGAUCAUGACAACAGUCUCAGGGACUUCGGGUCUGAAGACGGUUACUUAUGUCCAUCGUCAGUGAAGUACGCUAGACCCAAACGCGCAAGGGCUACAAGUGGUCAAUGGAAGUUCAUUGUCAACACUGGAGACUACACACAAACGCUGCGACUUGAGAUGUGCCAGCGACCCCAUGAAGCGUGCACCUUCAUUUCUGACAACUUCAGAUCCGAAUGCUCGCAAGUUUACAAUUAUCACAGGCUUCUAACUUGGGAUGACGUGAAAGGACUCCACAUGGAUAUCUUCAAGGUUCCCACGUGUUGUUCGUGUCACGUGCAAGGGUACGCAUUCAACUUCCCACCACGAGGAAGUCCUGAUUCGCAAGGAACCUCACCACGUCCUGAACAUUUUCCGGGAGCUGAUUUUGUUGCCGAAGAUCAAGGACUUCAACAACAAAAUACGAGACCAAACGAAGGAUUCCAGGCUGAUUUUGUGGACGAUCCUAAUUUAAGACCACCAUUACUUACAAAUUCUGAACAAUUUCACGAUGAAAGUUUCAGCCAAACGUUUAACAACGAUCAAGGAAUAAGAGGCCCAUUCAACAACAGAGGGGGGCAGUUUCAAAGUGACAUAUCCAGUAAUCAAUUCCAGGACCAAGUCAACAGGAAUAAAUUUAAUUUUCAGGAAGAACGAACGAGAAACCAGUUCCACUUCCAAAAUGACGAAACUAGGAACCAGUUCCAAGAAGAUAACUCGAGAAAACAUUUUCAAGGUGAAAUAGACUUGAGAGCGCCGUUGCAAUCACCGAAACGAGAAACUGUACACUUUCCGAAACGUCCUGAGUUGCAUGUGACUCCGCCACCAUCAUCAUUUCAAGUUCCAUCUCUUUUCCAGAGACAGGGAUUCAAACAUCCGACGUCUGAGGACCUGAUCCCUCCUGCAGGGCCGCCAUUGCCCCUAGCUCACGAGAAUGGCUUCCAGACUUUCUCGGGGAACCAACUGCUAAGGCGCAGUCGGAACCAGACAUCGCUCGGACUACGGGACGACAUAGAUCUUGAGGUGGAAGAAACCGCUGUCAAGAGACAUCCGUUUCCUAACGCGAUUUCGACGGAUGCCAUCCGUAUUGCAGCAACAAAGGCAACAACUACAGCCAUUACUACCAUCUUCACGACGACCACGACAACACCAGCUCCUGUCACUCUGCCCUCGAAACCAUCGUUAACGAUAACAGGGGGAGGGAAGAGGGUAAAUUACAACUACCAUCCUAUUAUCGACUAUUUCAAGACACAACAGAGCAAAGGCUUCGACCAGGGGAACACCCAGGACUGGAGACCUAUUGUUGGAAACGCUGAACGGCUAACCAAAGACACAUCGCGCUGAACAAACCGGUGUACAUUUACAUGAAGAGUGCUUUGCUACAUGAGUACACAAAACGGAAUAAAUACGGAUACAACUUUAAUCUCUUAAUGGUAUCAAAUUAUCAAGUUAUUUGCUUGAAAAUUUUGAGUUACAUAUCUCUGAAAACGCUCUAAUCGAUAUGCAGUUUCGAUUUAAAAUGGAAUGCAAGAAAGACUGUUCCAAGCUUCCUGGUGAGUUUAAUUGAUCAUAGCUCGUCACCCUACGCCAUGUGCAAUGCUAUUUAGAAAACGGUGAUGUGUGAAUAUGUGCUAAACUUAGACAUUCAGCACAGCGAAUUAUAUGUCUGAUAUUACAGACCCCGGGAAGAGUUCAUUACAUUUUAACAGAUCUAUAUAAGUGAAAACAAAGGAGAAAUGCCAGUGGAAACACUCGCACCAACUUUGCAAGUAAAUCUGACAGUGAGUAUAACGCCUACAAGGGCAAAAUAAAUUAAAUACAAUAUAAUUACCAUAUUGUGAUCUUUUGGAUUAUGGAAUCGUGUAGGCACGUACCAGUGGUUCGAAGGAAAAUACUGUCUCCAUCUUCAGAUACAGUACGAUAAGAUGGGAACAACAGACUCCUUUGAAAAGUUUGUACUUACUUAUUCCUUCGCUUUACGGUCUCUAUGGGCGGCCGCACGCCAACUGCGUCAAAACAAGCAUCAAGACAUGAGACAAAAGACGGAGUCUUACUUCUUUCGUGAUUCGUCAGCAUGAA